AGCUACUAGAGAUACAGAGGCUCUGGACAUGUUUUGAGAAAAUAAUGCCCUAUUCAAACUUAUUGACGAUCUGCUUCCAGCCAUGUUGGUUGUUCAAUGCUGCAACAGCAUCAGUUAAAAACUAAAUUUUAAAUCACAUGAGUGUGUAUGUUGAUUGGACCUUCUCAAUUUCUUUUCACAGUUGCUUCGUAACUUCCUGUUUUAUCGGCAUAAACAGAGCCUUUGUAUCUCUAGCAGCCAUAUGUUGCCAACCAAUCAGGAGAUUUGUCACUUUGUCAGUCACACCACAAGACGUACCCAUCAAAUUUUAUAGGUUAAAACUCUGUGAUAGGUUAUUUUGCUUGUAACCGUAAAAAAGCAUUUGUACAAUUAACUGUGUCAAGUUUAUGGUAUUGUAUAAUGGAAGAAAUAUGUUUGGAAAUUGAAGGGGUUCAAAUUCAAUAUAAGAAAUCAGAUCUCAUAGAACACAGUGAUUAUUUCAAUGCUAUGUUCAACGGUAACUUCCUCGAAAGCUCGCAGACCACUGUCAAGCUCGAGGGAGUAGAUUUGAAAUCAAUGAAUAUUAUCCUCACUUUACUAUGGGAUGGAGCUUAUAUAAUUCAGAAUGAAGAUCUGCUUUUAGUACUCCAGACCUCUUGUAUGCUACAGUUUACUAAGAUUAGGAAGUUAUGUGAAGAUCGAAUCUUGGAAAUCCUAGCUCCAUCCAACUGUUUAAAAAUUUGGAUUUUAACUGAGAGAUUGGACAUUACCCCACUCUAUCUCAAAGCUAAGUGCAUGGCCCUGGAAGAAUUCAAUGAAAUUUGUGACUCAGACCCUAUAUUAGAACUAAGUUUGAAAGAAAUUUGUAUGUACUUAGGGCACAUUAAUUUAAGAACUGAUUGCGAGUUCAGAGUGUUUCAAACAAUUAUGAGGUGGUGGUAUGAAAAUUGUAAGGCAUAUGAGUUGGAGAAAAAUGAAACUAUUGUAAAACUACUUCAUUGUCUUAAUUUUAAGAGAUUAACAGAUGAUAAUGUCAGGGAAAUGAAAACUUAUCCGGAUAUAUCAACCAAUAGUGGUGUGGUUGAUAUUUUAAAUUGUUUUUUAUCAUUAAGACAGGGUUUACGUGUGGAUGAAUAUCCCCAAGCAAGUCAUAAGCACGCUUGCAGUCUUAGUCAGUCAAAAGGCAGAAAAUCAAGUGACUUGCCCUGUUUAAUAUUUGAGGCAUUUGACUACAGUUCAACCAAUGAAGAGGAAAUGGUUUUAAUUCGAGAUAGAUUUCACAGGAAGAGACAUUUAACCAAAGUUCUUGAAUCGACAAGUAAUUCUAGCAAAAAAAAAAUGUUAUUUGGGAUGCUUUAUGAUCCGGCCAUAAAUGGGUUCACAAAACUUAUAGAAAUCGAUGGUAAAAAAUGUAAAGACUUAACGGGUUUCAGCCUAACAGCCUACAAAGAGUUUGUUCUCAUCUAUGGCGGAGAAUUUCUGAUAGGAGGUGGUAACUGGAACAACAACAUCUGGGUGUUUGACACAUUCCGAGAGCGAUGGGAGCGCAAGCAUCAGCUUCCACAUGGACGUCGCCAUUUUGAAAGUUGUAAAGUGGGGCACCGUCUAUAUAUUAUAGCCGGUAUAGGCAGGUUCAGAAUUAUCCAGGAUAACUUAAUCUAUUAUGAUUUCAAGACUGAUCAAUGGAGUAAUAUAAAGGCUCUGCCAAGCCCCUCCCAGCAAAUAAAGUGUUGCAAUUUUCGAAAUCAGCUUUUUAUAUUGUGUAGUAGCACUAGACUGGGAUAUUUAUUAGACUCUCAUACUGAAAACUGGCGCGUGUUAAAAAUAUUAGUCAAGAAUGAAGAUAUUUAUUUGGAGAAUCUUAAACUUCCUGUGUCCAUUUUCUCGUGGAAAGGAAAGUUAUUUAUUAAAGGUCAACAUUUGCUUGGCUUUGAUUUGGAAGAUGAGACUUUUAUAGAAAUGAUGUCAUUGCCAUUCAACGAAAUUUUGUAUGAAGAUUUAGAGUCGACAGUAUGCGAUGAUGUUGUGUAUACCCUGUACAAAGUUAAUUCAGAGAUCUUUUCCGUUAUGUAUACGUUGGAAUCCUUCAAUUUGGAAAGAGGAAUUUUGAAGAGUUUUCAGCUUGGAGGACCCAAGAGAAGAGGGAAGUAAAUUAUGUUUGCCAUAUACGAAAAAAAUAUCAACACGGUGAAUCAAAAAUAUUUUAUGAGUGUAACAGAAGUGAUUACAAAGGAUUUGCCAGCUCAGCUAAAAAACGAAGUGUGAAAACUGGAGGUAGUAUUCAUAUUCAUGGGACAUGUCCUUCAAGAAUUGUAGUUAUCAUUUCAACUGAGGGAUUUGUGACGGUAAAGUUUGUCGAAAAACAUUUAGGACACACUGAUAAACUAUGGACCAAGAUAUUAUCAAAAGCUGAACAGGAGACUAUCGUCGAAAAACUAAGUGCAGAUGAUGUCCGAUCUCCAUGUAGACACUAUUGCAUUUAAUUUUGCAUAAUUUUUGUUACAGGUCAUUUUGCAAGAAAUGAAUAGCUUUGCUCGCAGCUUGGACGAAGAAUCUUUUGGGAAAUUUGUGGAUAUUUUUAGGACAUUUAAGAUGGACACAGAACAACGAAAUUCCGAGGAAAAUUCGAAAAAAAGAAACAUUGAGAA